AUGGCAGGGCAACAUGGUGAGGGAACUCCAGUCUCCAAUUUACAGAUUGAAUCUGUGCAAACCGUUACUCCAUUUAAGGAAACUGAUCCACGGCAGAGACGGCAAGUGUUGGUGACGGAUCCAGUUGGUUCAGGGAUCUUCCGGAGAGGUGAAGAUGGCCAUGCUGGAUUAGAACUCGUGUCCAAUGAUAGUGGCCUUAGGCUCAUUGAAGCUAGGAUCCAUAUGACUUUGUCGGAGUUUCUCGAUAAGGAGAGUAGAGACGAUGAACCUGAGCUUGUCUUCUGGAAGGACAUUGAUGAACAAAAUCCUCAGUUCUCUCCACUAUUUUAUGUUCAGGUGACCAAUUUUGAAUGCGGCGGAUAUUCAAUCGGGAUGAGCUGCAACAUCCUUCUUGCAGACCUCUUAAUCACGGAUAAUUUCCUCAAGAAAUGGGUUAAUAUUCACAAUGAAAUGCUUUCCAAAGCUGAUGAUGCAAUCGAAACUCCCAUAUUCUACCUCCCUACUCUCAAAAAGACUAGUGGCUCUCCAAGCAUUCCCAUCAUCAGGUCCGACCAAACCAAAAAUUGCGGCAAAACAAUGAUCUUCAAGAUUACUGACGAAAAUAUUAACUUGGAAAAUGAAUCGGGCAAGACACUCGUGUUAGUUUGUGUUAAGGAGACUGAGAAUGAGGUGGGUAGCAAAUUGGCAUCAAAGUUCCCAGUCUUUCUGAAAGAACCUUUCUAUACCAUCAAGAUUGAAACUUGUUCGAGACUUGAAAAUGAGAUGGUUCCGUGGGAGUUGGAUCUCAGGAGUCAAGUCAGAGGCGAAAGUUGGGAUGAUAUAGGGGCCAAUGAGAUUGUAAUUCACAAAGGUAACAAACCUACUCGUGUUUCAUAUUGGAUGGGAUCAGUAAUGGAUGGAAUUGUCAUGGCACUCACAUCUACCGAAGGGGAAGAGGCUAAUUCUGGACCCAAUAUCAUUGUCUCGGUUCCUUGGAAUUAA